AAAGUACCAGUUAGGCUUUGUAGCCUUGGACUUGUUUAUGUUGCUGCUGGAUAAUAUCAUUAUCUCUCAAAUUGAUCAGCUCCAAGUCCAUUAGGAUAGAGCAGACACAGAAAAAGAAGAAUGGGAACUGUUGCUCCAAACUCCAAUGAUUUGUCCUCGACUGACAAGGAAAAUGGUGUUGUUCAGUCUCCGGAAGAGCUUGAUGCAGGAGCUCUUUUCGUACUCAAAUCACGAGGUUCAUGGUUGCACUGUGGAUAUCAUUUGACCACAUCAAUUGUUGGCCCAGUUAUAUUUAGUUUUCCCUUUGCUCUGGCCUUGCUAGGCUGGGUACCUGGUGUUCUAAUCACAGCACUUCAAGGUCUAGUGACCUUCUACUCCUACAAUCUUCUCUCUCUGGUUUUGGAUCAUCAUGCUCAGCUUGGGAAGCGCCAACGUCGGUUUAGGGACAUGGCCAGAGAUAUUCUUGGACCUAGAUGGGGCAAAUAUUUUGUUGGUCCACUUCAAUUUGCAAUAUGCUAUGGUGCUGUUAUUGGCUGCAUUCUUCUUGGAGGACAAAGCCUUAAGUUCAUUUACUUGCUAUACAAUCAAAGUGGGAAAAUGCAGCUGUACCAGUUUAUAAUUAUCUUCGGAGCUGUGCCACUAUUCUUGGCACAAAUACCAUCCUUCCAUUCACUAAGACAUAUCAACCUUGCCUCUCUACUCCUUUGUCUUGCUUACAGCGCAUGCGUCACUGCUGGUUCGAUACACAUAGGGAAUUCCAGGAAUGCACCUAACAAGGACUACUCAAUACAGGGGUCCGAAGAAAACCGUAUUCUUGGUGCUAUAAAUGGUAUUUCAAUCAUUGCCACCACGUAUGGUUGCGGAAUUAUCCCUGAAAUACAGGCAACUAUAGCUCCUCCGGUCAAGGGCAAGAUGUUCAAAGGAUUAUGCAUCUGUUUUGCUGUCAUAGUCAGCACAUAUAUCAGUGUGUCAAUCUCUGGGUAUUGGGCAUUUGGUAACCAGUCUCAACCAACAAUUCUUUCCAAUUUUAUGGGUGAAAAGAGGCCACUGCUGCCCACUUGGUUUCUCUUGGUAACCAACAUCUUCACUCUUAUGCAACUGGUUGCAAUCACUGUGAUUUACUUGCAACCAACAAAUGAACUAUUUGAAAAAUGGUUUGCAAACCCGAAGAUGGAUCAAUUCUCGGCACGUAAUGUCAUGCCAAGGCUGGUUUUCAGGUCACUCUUAGUGAUUAUUGCCGCUACAUUAGCUGCAAUUCUACCUUUCUUUGGUGACAUUAUGGCAUUGUUUGGAGCAUUUGGAGUUAUUCCUCUGGAUUUUAUUUUGCCUAUGGUUUUCUACAAUCUCACUUUCAAGCCAUCAAAAAGGGGCCUAGUAUUCUGGGGAAAUACAUUGAUAGCAGUUGCAUCAUCAGCGUUAGUAGCAAUGGGAGCUGUAGCUUCAGUUAGACAGAUUGUUCUCGAUGCCAAGACAUAUAGUUUGUUUGCUAACAUGUAACAAUGAUCAAAUUAUAGAUAGAAGAAACUUAUGCAACUUACCAAGUGAAUUCCUCUGUUCAGAUGAAUGCUGGUCAAAUGGAAAGCCCAAUGAUUAUCCCCAUUUUCAUGUUACUGCCUCA